AUGAGAGACAAUCUUUUACUGGCUGCCGGCCUCUUCGACGAAGAUAAGUUAUGCAAUGUGCUGCUCGAGUUUGAAGAUAUCCCAAAUGAGAAGUCUGGUCUGGUGGUAUGGGGCGAGCCAUGGGACCCUGCUUCAUGGGAAGCGAGUGAGGCGUUCAUCAAGGAAUGGACAUGGGCAAUCAAAGGAUGCACGGAACUUUUGAACUCGACAAAUUUCUGGCGAGCUCGGCGUGGUGAAAGGCCGGUGAAGUGGUAG